AUGUCUGACGCAGCAGCUAAAGGAGGAAAACAGGCACCUAAAGUAGCCAAGAAAGGUGUAAAAAGAGCCGGCAAAAAAGGAGGAAAGAUUGGUGGAACUGGUGAAAAGAAACGCAAGAGAAAGAGAAAGGAAAGUUAUGCUAUUUACAUCUACAAUGUUUUGAAACAAGUUCACCCAGAUGUCGGAGUUUCAAGCAAAGCUAUGAGCAUCAUGAACUCAUUUGUCAACGACAUCUUUGAGCGCAUUGCUUCCGAAGCUUCGCGUUUGGCUCUUCAAAACAAAAAGUCGACCAUCUCUUCUCGUGAAAUUCAAACCGCAGUACGUCUUCUCUUGCCUGGAGAACUUGCAAAACACGCAGUCAGUGAAGGAACAAAAGCCGUCACAAAAUACACAAGCAGCAAGUAAACCAACGUCUACCAAACACAAACGGUCU